AUGUGCGCGUUAGUGUGUUUGCCGAAACCAAUCGCAGUGAGUUAUAGUGAAAUAUCACGCCAUCUGGAACUAGCGGUUGAAAAUGGCGAAAUCGGUAAAAUGGAGCAGCUGAUCAAUUCAAUUGCGGAUGAGUUUCCAGUUCCGACAAUUUUCAAUGGGUACUCAUUACUCUGCAAGGCAAUUGAGUAUUCACAGCCAGAAGCCGCUGAACUUCUCCUCAAUUACAUCGUAAAUAAGGAGAAUAAAGCUCCUCUCUAUACCGCUCUUCACUAUGCAGUUUUGGACAAUAAUCUUGACAUCACAAGACUGAUUGCUCAAAGAGGUGCGAAUCUUAAUUCAAAGGCGUGUAUCAUCAGUGAUGAAAUAAACACCGAAACUUACACGAACCGAUACGCGACGAUUUUUUACCGUUUGUCUGAAAAAUGUUCGCUAGCUUCGGACAAAAUAAUUUUUCGGCAAUGCACGCCUUUACACUUAGCUUUCAAGAACGAAAGCUCUGAAAUGAUUGAAUUAUUAAUUUUUUAUGGUGCUAAAGCGACGGCUGCGAAUUUAGCAGAAAAUUUGCCGAUGGAUAUCGCCAUCAAAAAGAAUAAUAUUCAAGCUAUGAAGUUAUUGUUAAAUCCAGAAAAUAGUCAAUUUAUUCUGGAUAAAUUUGAAGAACCUGAGUAUUCUCAUGGGUAUUUUCAAUACAUUAGCCGAGAAAUUAAAGCAGGAAUUUUGAUGCAGGCGAUUUCUAAUAAAGAUUCAGAGCUGGCAAUCAAGUUGAUCGACAGUGGCGUGGGCGUCGAUGCAGAUUACAGAAAAAUAGCGUUUACUCUUCUCAUCGAUGCAAUUCUUUGCGAAAAUUUAACUGUGGUCAAGCAUUUGCUUCGUAAAGGCGUCGAGGUCAAUUCGAUGACCAAAGAUGGCUCAACAGCAAUGCAUUAUUUGUUUGCGAAGUCAUUUUUCGAUGAAAACGGAGAAGACAUUACCGUCCAAGUCGCGGAGUUAUUUCUGAGUCAUAAUGUCGAUUUCAAUCUUCAGGAUAGCAGGGGAAUGACUCCUCUGCAUUUAGUGCCUUAUGACGUCGAGAAGAUUAGCUUUCUGCUGGAAAACGGUGCAGAUAUUAACAUUGCGAUAGACAGUGGUUUUACAUCUUUUGAGGAAACUCUGCUAGAAAUUCAGGAGGCCUCGGACAUAAAUAGAUCAUGGAUGUAUGAUGACGAGUAUCGUGCUUGUCUUCGAAGUGUCGUCGAAGUUUUCAUAAAACAUAUCGUGAAGAUGAUUUCGAGAAAUCAGCCAGUUUCUCAGAAUAAUCUGAGAGGGUUAGAAGAUCACAACUCGUUGGUUGACUUCAGAGAUAGAUGUUUCAGCGAAGCUGCAGUUAUGAGGUCAGUCAAAGCGGGUCAAUUCUUCACCCUUUUUAACUUUUGGGUAUGGGAUGAUCUUGAUCACUUAGCUCAACAUGUGUGCAAUAGAGACUUCAUUGAUUUUGUGACGAACUCGGAAAAGUGUGAUCAAAGAUUUCCGAUCUAUUCUGCUGAUCUCAAACAUAAAUUGAACAAGUGCUUGACUCGGAAAUAUCUUUUAAAUUGGAAAAGCAAUUUAAUUGCUAAAUUGUGA